AUGAGAGGAAUAUUAAUUUUACUUUUAUUAUUUAUAUUUUCAGUGAAAAUAAUAAAUUCACAAAAUCCACUCAUUGAAUCUGAAUGUAAUAAUUGUACAAUAAAACUAUUAAAUAUAAUAUCACGAGUAUCUGUUGAAUAUCGAAUAGAUAGUUCAUUCAAUGGAUAUAAUUUUUGUGGUACUCCAAUUCAUCCAAUGGAUAUGGUGAUUCAUUGCAAUGAAACUUCUAGAACGGUUAUAUAUAUAAGAGCAACACAUAAAAAUAAAGCAAAUUUAUUAUCACCUGAACAUUUUCAAUGUUAUUCAACUUUAAAUACAAUAAAUAUAGAUAAAUUCAGAGUUACAAAUCAAUUUUUAUUAGGGAAAUUUCCUGAAUCAUUGAAAAUGGUAUCAUUACUUAAUGGUGAUUCAACAUUAUUUAAUAUUGAUAGUGGUGUAAAUAAAACAAUACCAUUCAAUAAUCUUUCAGUGAAAUUAUUCCUUUCAGGACCUCUAAAUAUUUAUUUAUCAAAUCUUUUGAAUGUAAUAGAUUUUUCUCUCUCAACUCAAACAUUAGCACCAAAAUAUAAAAUCAAAUAUAUAAAUGAUAUAAAUGAUCAUUCCAUAAUAACAGAUAACCAAUAUUUUCGAAUUUUUCAAAUAUACACACACUCUAUACCAUCCAUGGAUAACUUUAAAGGCAUGACAUUACAAUUUAUUCUGUUGCCAGGUACAGACAUAAAUUCAUUUUCUAAUUUUUCAACUUAUUCAAAAAUUGAAGGUUUAAACUUGAAAUCAGCAGAUCCAUCACAUAUCUACCCAUUUCCAAUAGCCUUAACUAAAAUACCAAUUUCUAUUAAUAAAAAUACUGGUUUUUCGAUUGAGUAUCAAAUUGAAAAACCAAUUGAUUAUAUAGACUUCUCAAAUUACCCUGAUGAUUCGGCAAUAUAUAUUGCAAAGGCAGGUAAUUUAUUCAAUAUUAAUGGUAACUUUCCAUUUUCAGUGUUACCACCAAAUUUAAAUACAUUUCAAUUGAAAAAUGGAAAUAUAAGUGUAAUCAAUUUUAAUAUUUUCAAAGAGAAAACAAAUAUAAUAGAUUUAUCAUUUAAUGGUUUAACCAGUAAAUUACCAACAUCAUCUUUUAUUAAAUCAAUGGAUGUUUUACUUGAGUUAUAUUUAAAUGAUAAUAAAUUAACAGGUGAAAUGGAUGAUAGUUGGUGUUCAAUAACUUUCGAUAUUAGUAAUAAUUUAAUUGGUGGUAAAGCACCAUCAUGUGUAGUUUGUCAUUACCUUAAUCCAAUUACUAGUGCAAUUGUUAAUGGUAAUAGAUUCACAAAUUUAGAUAUUAACCAUUUAGAAGAUUGUACUACUAUUGAACUAAAUCUAUCAUAUGAUAAUCAAACUAAAUCAUUGAUGCUAUAUGGUAGAGAUCUUGGUUUUGGUAUAUCAUUCAAAUUAGAUAAUCCAAAUAUUUGGGCAGAAAAUAUUAAAAUUGAAAAUACAUUAUUUGAAAUUACAAAGAAUAAUAGAGUAACUGGUCCAAUGCCAAAAGGAUUCAAUAUUACAUUUCCAUAUUUACCACAAGGUUCAAGAACUUUUGAAAUUACAGCUUAUAAUGAAUUCAUACCACAAAUUGAUUCAGUUAUUAGAUAUUCAGAUUAUUUCAUUAUCAAUGGUAAAUACUUUGCAUAUAAUAAUACGGUUAUCAAUGUUUUAAUCUCAAACGAACUUUGUUUAGUAUUAUCAAGUAAUUUCAAUCAAAUUCAAUGUUAUCUUUAUAAUUCAAAUAAAAUCAUCAAUAAUAAUAGUAACAGUGAUAGCAGCAGUAGUAGUAGUAGUAUUGAAAUUAAUUGUUUAGUUCAAGUUAUGAAUGUAUCGAAUAGUUUUAAUUUCAAAUUGAAUCAAAUUUGUAAUGGUAUUAAUUGUCCAAUUCCGGUAUGUAAUAUAAAAAAUGGAGGUGUAUAUAAUAAAGAGAGUGGAGUCUGUGAUUGUUUUUCCAAUAAAUGGAGAGGUUAUCAAUGUGAACAAAAACCAUUGAAAUGCUCAUCAGAUUGUAGUAAUAAUGAUGGUGGUGGUAUUUGUAAUAAUAUUAAUGGUAAAUGCGAAUGUAAUGAAAAUAGAAUAUUCGAUGAUUGUAGUGGUAGACUAUGUAAUGAAGGAUUAGGUUGUAGUAAUGGUGGAAUUUGUGAUUAUUUAUUUGGUCAAUGUAAUUGUACUAUUCAAUGGACUGCUUCAAAUUGUAAUAUACCUAAUACUAUGGUUACCUCACAAGAAAUUAAACGAGGUGCUCUUGGUAAUCUAUUAAUAUUAAAUGGUUGGUUUGGUAGUGAAAUUUUUCGAAAUGAUCUAACUAUUAAAGUAAAUCAAAUAGAAUGUGACAUUGUUGCAGAUUCUGACUAUAUGGUCGAAUGUUAUCCAUCAGACAUCUAUUGUUACCAAUAUAAUAAUAAUAAUCUGGAAUUAUCAGUUGUUCAAAACAAUGUUCAUUGGAGUGGAUUUUAUAACCCAACACCUUUAGAUGGUAUUAGCGUGUGUAUUAAUAAUGGUAGUAGUAGUAGUAGUAGUAAUAGUAGUAAUAGUAGUGGCAAUGAUAUUAAUGGUGAAAAUAAGGAGGAUGCUCAAAAUCCAAAAUUUUCCAGAAAAAAUAUUUUAGUUAUAAUAUCAAUUUUAAUUCCAUCUUUUUGGUUAUUAAAAGUAAUCAAUGCAAAAGUAGUUAAAAAUUUUUUAUUGGAUUUACCAAAAUCAUUAAAAUCAUUAGUUUUAGAGGAAGGAGAUUCAUCAUUGUUUAAUUUCGAAAAUGAUGAUAAUAAAGUUUCACCAUUAAAUAGAUUAUCAGUUUCAGUAUUCCUUUCAGGACAAUUAAAUUUUUAUUUUUCAAAAUUUUUAUAUUUAAAUAUUCUUGUUCUAUCAACUAUACCAUCACCUCCAUCAUUAUCAAAUGUUCAAGAUCUUGUUCCAACGACACCAUAUAAAAUCAAUUUCAUUAACGAUUUAAAUUAUUCAUCAAUUUUAUCAUUCCAAACAAUUCAAAUUUACUCGCAUAAUAUACCAUCAAUGAAUAAUAUUAAAGCUGAAAAUAUUUAUUUUACACUUUUGUCAAAUUUUGAAUUAAAUUCAUUUUCAAACUUUAAUACCUUUUCAAAUGUUCAAUAUUUCUCAUUAACUUCAAUAGAUCCAUCUCAUAUAUAUCCAUUCCCCUUGGGUAUUAGUGAGAUACCAAUUAAUAUUAAUAGCAAUAUUGGUUUCACUUUAUAUCAUAAGAUUGAGAGACCACCAAGUUUUAUUAAUUUAUCAAACUAUAACGAUAGUUUACAAGUUAGAAUUCAAUUAUCAAAUGGAAACAUUACAGAAUAUUUAAAUAUUAGUCAAUAUUUUAAGAACACUCUAUAUUUAUUAUUAUUUAAUAAUAGUAUUACAGGUAAAAUACCAAGUUCAAAAGAUUUUAUAGGGAAUAGUGUUGUAAUUAAUGAUAAUCAAUUAGCAGGUGAAUUGGAUGAUGGUUGGUGUAAAGUUGAUUUUAAUAUUAGAAAUAAUUUUAUUGGUGGUAAAGCACCAUCAUGUGUAGUUUGUCAUUACCUUUUAUAUAAUAAUAGAUAUAUUUUAGAAGGUAAUAGAUUCACAAAUUUAGAUUUAUCCAAUUUAGAAGAUUGUACAACUAUUGAACUUAAUUUAUCAUAUGAUAAUCAAACUGACACUAUGUUUUUGUAUGGCAGAGAUCUAGGUUUUCAAGUUAGUUCAUUCUCAUUCGAUAAAAAAUUUGGAGUUUUAAAUAUAAUGUCAAAUACAAUGUUUUUACUAUCAAAGAGUGCUUUUUCAUUUAAUGAAUCAAUGCCAAAAGGAUUCAAUAUUACAUUUCCAUAUUUACCUCAAGGUCCAAGAACUUUUGAAAUUACAGCUUACAAUGAAUUCAUACCACAAAUUGAUUCAGUUAUUAGAUAUUCAGAUUAUUUCAUUAUCAAUGGUAAAUACUUUGCCUAUAAUAAUACGGUUAUCAAUGUUUUAAUCUCUAAUGAACCUUGUUUAGUAUUAUCAAGUAAUUUCAAUCAAAUUCAAUGUUAUCUUUAUAAUUCAAAUAAAAUCAUCAAUAAUAAUAAUAACACUGAUAGUAGUAUUGUAAAUAAUAAUAAUAAAGAAAUUAAUUGUUUAGUUCAAGUUAUGAAUGUAUCGAAUAGUUUUAAUUUCAAAUUGAAUCAAAUUUGUAAUGGUAGUAAUUGUCCAAUUCCAAAUUGUGCUAAAAAUAGUGGUGAAUAUAGUUAUGUGAAGGGUGUUUGUGAUUGUUUUUCAAAUGAAUGGAGAGGUUAUCAAUGUGAAUUAAGAUCAUUGAAAUGUUCAUCAGAUUGUAAUGAUGAAAAUGGUAGUUUCUGUAAUUAUAUAAAUGGUGUAUGUGAAUGUAAUAAUGGAUUAGGAUGUAAUAAUCAAGGUAUUUGUAACCAAAUCACUGGUAAGUGUAAUUGUACAAAUCAAUGGAUUGAUUCAAUGUGUUUAACACCAAAUCAUCAAGUUAAUUCACAACAACUACAACAAACUGAACUUGGUAUUCUAUUAAUAUUAAAUGGUUGGUUCGGUAAUAUUCAUAUAGAUUUAUCAGUAACCAUCAAUAAUAAACCAUGCGAUAUCAUUUCAAAUACUCAGCUUGAAAUUAAAUGUUAUCCGCCAUCAUUGCCCGAUAUAUGCUCAAGUAAUAAUAAUAAUAAUAAUAAUAAUAAUAAUAAUAAUAAUAAUAAUAAUAAUAAUAAUAAUAAUAAUAAUAAUAAUAAUAAUAAUAAUAAUAAUAAUAAUAAUAAUAAUAACUACAAUAUAUUGGUUAUACAAAAUAAUCAUAAAUGGAGUGGUAGUUACAAUCCCAUAUCUUUGGAUAAUGAAAAUAAAAAUAUAACAUGUGAUAGUAUUGGUAGUAGUGAUAAAGAUAGUGAUGGUAAUAAUAAUAAUAAUAAUAAUAAUAAUAAUAAUAACGAGUAUUUUACACAAAAUCCUUCAUUAUCACUUUUAUUAAUAAUUACUCCAGUUUUAUUCUUCUCAAUCAUUUUAAUUUUAAUUUUAAUCUUUUUCAUUUACAAUAUUCUUUCAAAUAAAUCUAAACAAAAUAAAAAAAUAAAAAAAUAA